AUGGCGGAACCUACGCAGGGCGCGCCCGAGCCCACGUCUGAAUCGCCGCACGCCGAAUAUAGUGAUGAAUUUGACCCUGCCACGCAGCCAGACUUGGAGCACGGAGAUGACGAAUCGUUCGACUUUGCUAGCGAGGGCGACAUGCCUGAAGACGCCAUGUACGACGACGAAGACGAGUACGACUUGGAGUACGAUGAAGAGGAGCUCUCGUCUAGUCCGUCCAUCCCUGAUGAAAACAUCAACUUUGAUCUAGUGUACGCGCUGCACACGUUCAUCGCCACGGUCGAUGGCCAGGCAACUGUGCAGAAGGGCGACCACCUCGUCCUGCUUGACGACAGCAACAGCUACUGGUGGCUUGUCGGCUACAUUCCGGCAGAGAAUAUCGAGACGCCGUAUGAGCGCCUCGCACGACUCAACAAGCACCGCAACGUCGAGAUCGCCACGGCGACCGAGGACGAUAACGACAUGCCGCCUGCCGAAAGCGUGCUUGUCAAGUCGCGCGCAUCGGGCGACGUCAACGAGCAGUCAGGCAAGGUAUCGGCCCUCUCGCGGCGCGAGCUCGGUACGGUGCAAGCGCAGGCGCAGCGCAAGCCCCCGAAAAAGUUCGGUGUCCUAUUUGGCCAGUCGCAGUAUCUCGAGCACAGCGGCAAUGAGGCGACCGAGGACGAGGACGAGUACGAUUUGCUCGACGUGGAUGACUCGGUCGAUGGCGCCCACGAGGCCGAGGACGCGGCCGAGCCUUCUGGCGCUGCGGCGCUCGCUCCGGCGGCCGAGGUCACCACACGCGAUUCGUCCCUCCUGGGUCUCGAAGGCCUGCUCGGCAGUGCCGAUGACUCGGCCUCGCAGGACCGUGCGCGGCCGGCGAGCCUACUGGGCAUGCCCGGCUCCGAGAAGACGUUCCAUGUGGUGCGAGUGUUUGUCGGCGACGAUGUCGCUAGCGAUGCCACGUUCAAGACUGUGCUACUUACACGCACUACGACGGCGAAGGAGCUCGUGAAACAGGCCAUGCAACGGUUCGCACUGCGCGACGACGAUGAGGACGACUUCCGCAUCGUCCUGCACCAGCUGGAUGGUGAGGACAAGGCCCUCGCCCCGACUGAGUGCCCGCUCCAGCUGCUGGACGAGCUGGCGUCGCUCGUGGACGACGACACGUCGAUGGGCAUGCCGGCCAAGCAUGACAGUGUGACGUCGCUCAUGUCGCUGCUCGAUACGUCGCAGAGCCGACUCAUGUUCGACUACAGCGACGACCGCUUCGGCAAGCUCUUCCUCGCGCGCCGCGGUCCAGUCUUUGACCGUGCUGUGCCCGAGGCUGCCGGCCGUGCGCCAGCGCCGUCCGAGACCCAGUGGCGCUUUACGAUCCAGAUGGCCCUAUACCACACCGACCUGCCACCUGGCACCCACUUCGAUCCCGAGACGGGCGAGCCGACGCGUGCUGCGGCGUCUUCCCGCGCGGGUAAUCAGCCGCAUGUGCAGAAACGCCUGCUGCGUUUCACAAAGAACGCGACCGUCGCAGAAGUCAUCGAAGCAGGCCUCUCUGUCUUCCGCAUCACCGAUGCCGUCGUCAAUGGCGGCGACGAAGUCGAGGCGCGCUUGUGGCACGCACGCCCCCGCGCCAAGUACACGCUUUCCGCUCGCUCCUUGGAGGGCGAGCAGCCCCUUCACCCGACCUCGAAGGUGCUGGCCGCCUUUGACACACUCCCACAGCUCACGCCCGUGGAGCCGGACUCCAAGCGGAAGAGCCUCGAUGCUGCGUAUGCGCCUGGCUCGCCUGGCGACCUCAUGCACACAGACCCGCUAUUUAUUCUGCGCCUGGUCCCGUCCGAGCCCGCGAUGGCCGAGUCUGUGGCCGACGCGGCGCCACAGGACACGCCACGCGCGUGGCACCCGCCUGUGAUGGAGCCCGUCGCGCCGCCCUCGCGACCAGUCAUCCGCCCCAACUCGCACCACGGCGUCGAUCUCCUGCUCAGCGAUGGCCAGCGCCUGCGCUCGAUGCGUGUGCUGGAUUCGCCCCGUGUGCGCUACGCGCUCCUCUCCCCGUCGAAUCACUCGAGGGAUGUGAGCGACGCGCUGCAGCCUGUGCUGGAGAACAUUGCGCUGGUACAUGGCCAGCGGCCGUCGCCCCAGGCUGACCUGCUCCUCUCGUUUGCCUCGCGCAUGUCUUCGUUGCCCGACGCGUCGGUGCAGGCCGACGUUGAUAUGAUGGUGCGCCACGUCGCGCGCGCCUCACCGAUCGAGCCUGUUGAGCCGCGUGAGCCUGCUGCGCCCAGCAUGGCGCCCGCCCUCCGGCUGCCUAGCUCGUCGCCAGGGACGCCACCGCCGCGCGAGCGCGUGGGUGGCCUGAAUCUGCCGAGCCAAUCGCUGCAACGCACGUCGUCCGUGCGCAGUGUCUCUGCGAGCGAUACGGCUGAGCCCCGCUUCACCACGACGCUGCCGCAGCGCAUUGGUGACCGCGUCAUGUCCGACUCGACCGUGACGACCGGCACCGACCGGCGCGGGCAGGAGCGGUACAACUUCCAUGCGCUGUACGGCAUUGUGGAUGCCCUUGUCCUCGAGACGCCGGCGAGCAUGUCGGAGCCCACGGCGUCCGCCUUGGACGGAGGCGUAACCGAGUCGCCGCAGAGCAGUCUUGUGCGCGCAUCGUCCGUCAUGGCCAAGAUGCUCGAAGACUCGCCGGAGGAGAAGCUGUAUCGCGACUCGAACGGUCUCUUUGCGCUGCCGUGGCCGACAUCGGACGCGAAUAGCGUCGCUGUGGCCGAUGCUCGGCAUCAGUACGCCCCGCUCAUGGCGCAGAUCUCCGCCCUCGAAGCGGCUCUGGAUGAGCAGCUGCUCCGUGUGCUGGCGUACCAGCUGCCCAGCUCCACGUAG